AUGUCCACCAUCGCCUCCUCCCGCAAUCCUCCCGCUCCGCUCCGCCGCACUCCCUCCGUCACGUCCCCCGUCCUGUCCGCAUCUCAGCCGGCAACGGGCUCCAAGCGAUCUAACAACCGUGCCGCUCUGCGCGAAUACUACAAUCUCCGGGCUGCUGCUGCUUCAGCCUCGUCGCCUUCAACGCCUCGAAUCAUUGAGGUCCCUGAUUCGGAGGUUCCUGCUAGCGAGAUCGACGCGCCCGACUUUAAUCUCGACGAGUUCCUACAAAAGACUGUGGCCGAGAGCACAUUACAGGAGCUGUUGAAGCUGUACACAAGAGUGUUGGGCGAAGUCAGGGCUUUGGACGCAGAGAAGAAGGCUCUUGUGUACGACAACUACAGCAAACUCAUCACAGCAACGGAGACGAUUCGAAAAAUGCGAGCUAAUAUGGAUCCCCUGAAUCCCAUGGCCACAACACUCGAUCCAGCCAUUGCCCACAUCUACAACUCAGACGAAGGCAAAGCACGGGAAACCCAGCAACGCCGCCACCGCACGAGGCAGCUGGCCAUUGAGGUUCUGGCGACUCCAGAGAGGCUACAGGCCCUUGUAAAGGAAGGCAGGUUCGAAGAGGCCAGGAGACAGUGGGAUAUGCCGAGGAAACUGCUGGAAGCUUGGAAACAGAAGGGAUUGGGCGGGGACGACGUGCAGACAUGCAUUGACGAAGGCGAUGCGGUCAUUGCCGUGACACGAAACAGAUCGCCGGCACCCGAUGAGAUGGUGUCAAGAGGUGGGCCGUACGGCCCAUUGCAUUCCAACACACCGCCUGCUCUGAAGCAAUGA